AUGGGAUAUACAUCAACAUUGAAAUUUGUAAAUUUGGGAGUAAAAAGACGAUUAUUUAGGAAGGCACAUAAACAAGCACAUCAUAAAUGGGAUAGCAUAAAAAACCAAUUAAAUGAAUUAUUAAAAUAUGGUAGAAUUGAAACAACUUUAACUAAAGCAAAAGAAUUACAAGGAUAUGCAGAGGAAUUAAUUUAUUUAGCAAAGAAAAAAAACAACUCUGAAAAUAGUUUAUUAGUUGAAAGUAUAUUACGAACAGCACAAGGACGUAGAAAGUUAUAUGAAUAUUAUGUCCCAUUAUAUAGAGAUAGACCAUUUUUUUUUACUAGGGUUGUUAAUCAAUGGAGAUUAAGAUUAAGAGAUGCUGCGCCAAUGGCAUUUAUUGAAUUUAUUGACAGACCUGGUGAAAUUAGGCCAGCUAAACCAGUAGGAUAUGAUCGAAUUAAAUAUAUUUAUAAUGAAAUACAAAAAAAUCGAAGAAAUUUUAAAAAAUAUUAUCAUAUAGCCAAAAUGUUCAAUUUAAUUGAUUCAAAUGACCAAAUUGUGUCAGACUUUUCUCAGGCUACUAUUUCUAAACAAGAAGAGUGGCUGAGCGACGAUGAAGAAGAUAUAAUAAUCGAUGAGAAUUUACUUAACAAUUAUAAACAGUAUGGUGAUAAGAUGUUGCCAGGUCCUUUGAAAGGAAGAGAGCCAUUUUAUGUUGACUUGCCUUUACCGAGUUUAGUAGAAAAACAGUUUUUAAAUUAUAGGAAAAAAUUCAAGCCGUAA